UUCAUUUUUCACAGUUUAAGUUGGUUUAAUAUAAGAUACACAAAGUUUAAUGUUUUUCCCAAGAUGAACAAGAAACGACGGCAUUUUUUGCAUUCCAUUACAAAAUUGGCGGUGCACGCAACACACAUGAAGCUGUUUCAAUAUUUUUCUUUUUUGUGUGAGAAAUACUUCUUUUGUAUAUCUUAGAUAUUCUCUAUGUAUUGUUAUAAGUUAGAUACACGUUUUAGCUUCUAAAUUAUUGGCGAGAACGCAACGAUAAAAGCAAUAAAAAUACCUCGACCACUUAUCUCUUAGGAAACUAUAAAAUUUUAAUAAUAUUCGUUUACGUAGCUACAAAACACUUGAACCAUAGCAUUAUAACAUAGAGAACUAAAUUUCAAUUCUACAGUUAGUCAAUCUAACUGCUUCUUUGACAAAGAGUAAAAUGGUCAAGUUUGUAAGUUGCUUUUACGCAACUAUUUCUGUAUUUGCUGCUGUUUCUAUAACUUAUGCCGACGUUAAAUUCCGUUUUUCGACAAUCUAUGGUGAUCAUAUGGUGUUGCAAAAAGCCCCAAAACGGGCUAUCGUGUGGGGUUAUGGUGAAAUUGGUGAAAGAGUGGUGCUGAGGCUUAGUAAGAAAUCGUAUUAUACACACGUCGCUGCAAGACAAGAAGGAAACAAAGAAGUUGGAGUAUGGCAAGUUGUGUUACAACCAAUGAUGGCUGGAGGUCCAUAUCGUAUUACUGCGUAUUCACAUGUGAAAAAGUCUAAAAAAUAUAACAUUGGAUGAUGUUUUGUUUGGAGAUAUUUGGCUUUGCAGUGGUCAGAGCAAUAUGCAGUAUACACUGGACGAUUCGGAACAUGGAGAUAAAGCAAUCAAUGAAUCGAUAAACUAUCCCAACAUACGUGUAUUUACUUCUGGCCUUGAUUGCUCUAUGACUCCUCGGAGGGAGUUAAAUAGCAUUGUCUUGCCUUGGUCCGUUCCUUCACCAGAAACUUUAAAUGGGGCCUCCGAUGGGAUAUUAUGGAGUUAUUUCUCUGCUGUAUGUUGGUAUUAUGGAGUGCAGCUGUAUAAGACGUUGAACUACCCAAUUGGCUUAAUUGGCACCAGUUUUAGUGGGAGCGCUGUAGAAUCAUGGUCUUCACCAGAUGCCCUCACACAAUGUGGAUGGACUGGGAAUGCUUUACCUUCUGCACCAAUAUUUAUUCCUGAAUUUGGUAACGUGGACAUCAUUAUCUUCAAUAAUUAUAGUUGUAUGUGGAAUGCCAUGAUUGUGCCGUUUCUUAAUAUGACCAUCUACGGUUCCAUCUUUUAUCAAGGAGAGACAAAUGCUUUAGGUAGAAAGUUAGAUCUUUUGCCAUAUGAAUGUAGUUUUCCUGCCAUGAUAAAUGAUUGGAGAGCAAAGUGGCACAUUUCUACACAACAUAACACUGACCCACAGUUUCCUUUUGGCUUUGUACAGCUGUCAGCUAUUAGUCAAAGUAUAGGAAUUGAUCAAUAUUACUUUGCCGCGGUACGUUGGGAACAGACAGCAGAGAAGGGCUACGCUCCCAAUGCACAACUAAAAAAAACUUUUAUGGCUGUAACAAUGGACUUGGGAAAUCCUUUCUCUCCAUACUUCAGCAUCCAUCCCACUGACAAAGAAAAUGUUGGCUAUCGCUUGGGACUAUCGGGCCUUUCAAUAGCUUAUGGUAAAAAAAGGUACUACACUGGACCGCUCGUAUCAAAAAUCAAGAAGAUUGCAGCCGGACAUUAUUCGCUUCUUGUAGUAAAUUAUAAAUCUGUGAACAUAAAUAUUGAAAUACGGAACAACAAAGGCUUUGAAGUAAAUUGUAAUGGUAAUUGGACAGCGUCACCAAUUGUAUACAAUAGCAGAAGAUCCGUGUUCCUAAUGGCAAGUUGUGAUCCAGACAAGGUCAGAUAUGCUUGGUCGGACUAUCCCUGUGAGUCACUGAAGUGUGCUGUUUACAGUGGAGGACUACCAGCUCCACCAUUUAUUAUGGAUGGUCCUUUUUCUUGAAAUGAAAACUUAAAUGACUGUUAAGACGUAUUAUCAACUUUCUUUGUGUAUCAUUCAUUUUUUAUUCGUUACUGUUGGU